CGGCUGUUGACUGCUGCCGACUUAAAUCGAUAUGGAACAACACGUAGAUCACAACGCUGAGCUUCAUCAUAUACAGUUAAAUAAGACUAUAGACCUGUCAAAGUUGUCAGAAAAGGAAAGAUGGAGGAUCGAGCAUGCGCGGUUACACGAGAAGCACAAAGGUCACGAGGCGAUGCACGCGGAGAUGAUACUGAUCCUGAUAGCUACCCUCGUUGUCGCCCAGAUCCUCCUUGUACAGUGGAAACAGAGAUACUUCAGAUCAUAUCAACGGGCCACCUUGCUUGGCAUGUGGGUGAUACCAGUGGGUUUCUGCCUCAAGUUUGGCUGGACGAGGUUCAUCAUCAUCUGGGCGAUAUUCUCCAUCAUCACCGCCUACAUUGUGUUCCAUUCUACACGUAAACCUAUACAUGGCAGGACUCCAAGAAUGGUAUACAAGUGGUUUUUGCUCAUCUACAAAAUCAGUUAUGGUUCCGGGAUUCUCGGCUACAUGGUGAUCAUGUUGACCAUGCUGGGGGUUAACAUGUUGUUCCUCAUCAAGCCCCAGACCUCGAUGGAUUUUGGGCUUCUAGUUAUGUUUUACGGCCUGUAUUUCGGGGUGGUUUCCAGGGAUUUUGCAGAAGUCUGCAGUGAUUCCAUGGCUGUACAUAUUGGGUACUACACCACGACCGGGUUACCGGGCAAGCGGUUAGAUCCAAACAUCUGUGCUGUGUGUGGGAACCCAAUUCUCGUCCAGAAUAAUGAAGAAGCCGUCAUAGAAAAUACAUGCAAGCUACAGUGUGAUCAUGUUUUUCACGAGUUCUGUAUACGAGGCUGGUGCAUUGUGGGUAAGAAGCAGACGUGUCCCUACUGCAAGGAGAAAGUGGAUCUCAAGAGAAUGUUUCCGAGUCCCUGGGAUAGACCACAUGUAAUGUAUGGAAAUUUCCUAGAUUGGAUCCGCUACCUCGUAGCCUGGCAACCAGUGAUAAUCAUGCUUGUUCAGGGAAUAAACUGGAGUUUGGGCCUCGAAUGAUGAUGUUGACAGACAAAUUUUAGGAUCUUCAAAUUGAUAUACAUGUGUCCCUUAUAUUCUGCAUUUUUUCACUCCUAGGCAUGUUAUUAAAGAUGAAUGUUACUAUUAUAUGAACAAAUAUUAUUAUAUCUGAUAGUGAUAAAAUGUAUAUUGAUGAAAUCCCAUACAUCAUACUUCUGUUAUGUUAAAGAAGAAAAGAUGAGGUGUUGUGAUGGCCUUGAUAUCGUUAUUGUUGCUGUCUGUUAUCAUGUAAAAAUAAUGUUAAUCCAUAAUGCAAAUUACUUUAUAUCUACAUGAGACUUAGUAAAGAUGUUAUACACGUGUGUAGAAAGGCCUAUAACUGUGGCUUAAGUAAAAUAUUAAUGUUGGAUUAUGCCCCUUUUUGAUCUGAAAACAACAGGAAAGCAUAAGCAUUCGCCUGCAGAGCCCAUAAGCUUUGAUAAACUGUUGAUGUUGAUUUAUGCCCCUUUUUAAGUGCAAACUACAACAAAAGCAUUCACUUGCAAGGCCCGUAAGUUAAGCUUUGAUAAACUUUUUAUGUUGAGUUAUGCCACUUUGAUCUGAAAAUAACAUCAGACAAGCAUUGGCAUUCGCUUGCAAGGCCCAUAACAUUGGCUGUAAAGGAAUUAAUGUUGAGUUAAGCCCCCUUGUUACUGAAAACAACAACAGACAAGCAUUGGCAAGCACUUGCAAGACUUGAACUCUGGCUGUUUAGAAAUUAAUGUUGAGUUAAGCCCCUUUGUAACAGAAAACAACAACAGACAAGCAUUGGCAAUAACUUGUAAGACUUGAACUCUGGCUGUUUAGAAAUUAAUGUUGAGUUAAGCCCCUUUGUAACAGAAAACAACAACAGACAAGCAUUGGCAAUCACUUGCAAGACUUGAACUCCGGCUGUUUAGAAAUUAAUGUUGAGUUAAGCCCCUUUGUAACAGAAAACAACAACAGACUAGUGUUAGCAUGGGCUUGAUACGCUCUUCUUUUCAGGUUUAUACCGGAACCUUAUUUAUUUCAAAUUUGGUAAUGGUUGUCCGAUAAACACAUUUGUUGGUUCACUUGCUUCCCACCACAUGACAGGCUGAGUUUAUAUCCUGUACAUUGCCCAGGUAUAUUCAAGUUUGGCUGAUGGACAAUUGUUUGUUCUCCUCUUACUCUGGUUUUUACCACACAAUAUAUCUCAUCUUGGCCAAAUACUGUGCCUUGAAUAAUAUAAUCUUGUAAUUAAUACUUUCAUUUUUUUUUAACUACAUGUUUUGUUAGUUUGAAAUGAAUAAUUGUUGUAAUUUAUUUUGUUAAAUUGUUAAAUAUAGUGGCUGGGAUUGUAUUCUGGCUGUAUUAAUUUCAAUAUAAAUUAAAAUGAUUGGAACCCUGGUGUGACUGUAUAAAUUAUAUGUGUCCUAGUUAGGCAGAACAAAUGGAAGCCUUGAAAUAUCAGCAUAGUUGUUGGUGUAGCCGUCUUGUAGUUUGUAAUACUAUUGGGGAAGAAAAGUUUUGCUAAUUUUUGUUUCAAUAUCUGACAAUGAAUUAAAUUAAGGAAUGAAUUGCGGGGUUGAUGUCAUUAUCGGGGUAUGAACACAAUUGGGCUGGUCUAAGUGUGUGGAGUCCAAAGGACUCCACUCGUACUUUGACCAGCCCAAUUGUGUUCAUAUCCCCGAUAAUAACAUCAACCCCGCAAUUCAUUCCUUAUAUUUACACCAACAGUACAUUAUUUUAUUCAAGAAACGUUAAAAAAAAUACUUCAUUUCAUUUCGGAUUACCUAUCAGUAAUCCUUUCUUACCCAUUCUGUAAAUAGGACGACCCGACUGUUACCGGAAUUUUUUUUUUCAAAUGACGUUACAAUAACGCGGGAAAAGAUCAACCACUUGAAAUCACUUUUAAACGUAAAAUUUAAACACUUUUGGCAACAAAACGUUUAAAAUAUAAUAACUUAACACUUUCUAAAAUGUUGAUUUAUAUUUUACGGGACCUGCUGACACAAUACAAACAAUGACAAGAUCAAUAGUUUACAUGUAUAUUGUUAUGCGAUGAAUUGCGAUCUAAACAUAUCUGAAGAUGUUGCGUUCAUCAAUUGAUGAACGCAAUUGCCGAAAGGCAGUUCAUUUAAGGAAUGGAAGUUGAGGUGUAAAUAUUUAACAAAUAAAAACCACUGCCGUAAAGAAAUAGAGGAUAAUUGUUUGUUUCAGUGUAAGAUUGUUAUAUAUUUCACCAAGUGAGCUUCAAAAGCUAUAUUUCAGGACUUAACGAGGUGAGAUAAAUUGUGAUUUUACACUAAAACAAACGAUUUUCCUGUUUAUUAUAUAUCUAAAAAGGAUAUAAAAUGCCAUGUGAUUAAAAAAAAACGUCAUUUCAAAAAUGACGUCGUUGAAAGUGUGGCUUAGCCCCAUGUGCGCUGAUGUUUGAUUUUUAAGUAAGAAUGGACUAAAAUUGAAAAACUGUGAAUUAUCAUUUUUAUGCCACUAAUAAAUAUCUAUUAACCACCAGAAAGCAUAUACUAAACUUGUUUUCAUCUUAAGAUUCUUUAAACUGGUUAAAAUUAAGAACUUCUUCUCAUAUGCUACAAAGACCCUGAUAAGCCUGGGAGUGUAUCAAAGAGCUGUGAACAUGUACUGUAAGAUAUACUGAGAUACGCAGUUACCAAAGUUGUAGUUGUUCACCUUAUUUGCUUGUAUGUUUGUACAAAUGUAUAUUCUUAUUUCUUUAUUAUUGUUUGUUAUUUUUAUCUUUUAAAAAUCCUACAUAGAACAAAUAACAUCGUUAUGAAUUUAAGAUAAUUUUGUAUUUUGAUCACCUUAAACAGAAAACAAAUGGUAAAUUUAAUUGAAUUGUUUUUCUUGUAUCAUUUAUACACCGCUUCCUCCUGUUUUUACAAUAAAUAUGAGCUCUGUCUGGAGAAAUGAUGUUACUGUUAUGACAUCAUAAUGUAAAUCAUGUCACUUUUAUGACACAAUAAUAUAAAUGAUGUCACUUUUAUGACAUCAUAAAAUUGCUAAAUUUACAGGUGACUUCUUGUACAUAUGUUUUUGUCAAUAUUUAAAUGGGUUUGCUAUUAAGAAGUUGCUUACUGAAUGUUUCAAUUUUCACAUUGGGUAAUGAGAAGAGCCUCAGAAAACUACUGAAUGAUAAACUUUCAUUGUACGUUAUAACAACACCCUAAUUGAUUCAAAUUAUUCUAUAAAAAUUGGUGGUGAAAUGAUUUAUAAAACUGAUUAUAUAGCCUAAAUGAUAAAAAAAUUAUGAAUCAAAUCAUUUGUGAAAUAUUUGUCAUAAUUUUAUGUAACAAACAGAAUGUUUUGAUAUAUUUUUAUUUUUUGUCUUGGUACGAGCCAUAUUUUUCGAAAAUCCAUGGAAACCAGUUGUACAAGACUGCUGACAAAAAAUUAGAUUGCAGAUUUCUAUAUUAAAGUUCAAAAAAUGAAGUUUGCAGAUAUUUAUGCAAAAAUUUGCUCUUUUCAAGACAAAAAAUAAAAAGUUGUAAAAAUGUUAUAUCUGUGAGAGUGCAGCUUUAAAAUGUCAAAAGUUCAAUUUCUUCAACAAUAUCUAAUCUCGCUGGAUGCGGCUCAUGUUAGAGUGUAGGUCUGCAUAAUCCUGAACUCAACACUUCUAGUCAAAGUUGCAGUAACCUUAAAUGUUCAAAAAUGGAAAACUAUUUGAAUGUCUGUGAUUGAGUAAUUGUCAUGUUGUAUUUAAAUCCAUAUUAAAUGUUUAUGACACAA